ACUGCAAUGUGGUCGGUACGGGUGCUUCUCGUGACGUUCUUAGCCGUGCUGUGUGUGCAGCGGUGUGCCGCCCAUGUGCGCCUGCGAGAUGAAUUCGUCUGGGGAAACCGUGACGACCGAACGGAUCGUGUGUGUUUCUCACAGUCGGUCGUUAUCGACCCCACUUGGGAAGCGUUCUUUGCCUUUUUUCGUCCCGUCACGCGGCUUGUGACGUUCAUUCCGCCCCGGCCGGAUCAGGUGGUGCGCUACAUACGAGUUUGGACCGAUGCUCCUUGGUAUCGGUUUCGGGCCGAGCUGCUACACGGUGGCGUGGGGACAAAGGCUCCAAUCAUAACCAUCAUUCAACUAAGCCGCCACUGGCUGCUGUUUGCAAAUGUAGUAAUUUAUUGUUCGACCGUACCGCCUACUAAACACAACUAA